AUGGGAACAGACGCACACGCGCACGCACGAGUUUCGAAAGAGCGCAACAAGUACAAUGAGUUGCUAUCAUCAGUGAAGCGCACAGAACGCGUAUCUGAUAUUGAGAUUGAGGAGAAGCUCAAGAAGCUGCGCAGGCUGAUUGUGCUCUAUGGAAUACCAACAUCGCCGCCGAACCUACGCCCACUGGUGUGGAAGCUGCUUCUUAAAGUACACGACAUGAGCAGCCACGAUUUCCUCAGAUUAGUGAGCAGGGGGAGGAGUCCCGUUGCCGAUAAGAUACGCAACGAUGCGUCACGCACGCUUAAAUCAGACAGUGACUUUCAAACUUGCGUCGGCGAGCAGAAGCUUAUUAGACUGUUGGACGCGUUUGCUUGGAGAACGGAAGAGAGAGGUGACGGCGAGAGUCUUUAUGUGCAAGGGAUGAAUGUCUUAGCUGCACCAUUCCUCUAUGUCCAGCCAACGGAGCUAGAAGCAUUCAACUGCUUUGCCAGGUUCAUCGAACUCACUUGUCCACUUUACGUCUUGCCGACGUUGGAGGGCGUCCAUCGGGGACUGCGAUUGGUGGACAAGUGCUUGCAGAUCGUUGACGCUAAACUCUACUCACAUCUGCGUAGACACAACCUCACAGCUGAGAUAUAUGCAUUUCCGUCCGUUCUCACCCUCAGCGCUUGUACUCCGCCCUUAGACCAGGUACUCUGUCUGUGGGACUUCCUGCUCGCUUUCGGACCGCAUAUGAAUGUACUCUGCGUUAUUGCGCAGGUUCUACUCAUGCGCGAUGACCUUUUGGCCACUAGCAGCCCAAUGAAGCUGCUUAGAAUGUUUCCUCCGCUAGACGCUCAGCCUAUCAUCAGCAUUGCAGUAACGUUAGUGAGAGAUAUACCCGAGGACGUGUAUGAUGACUUGGUGAGACAUUGUUUUGAUCCACGCGAGAAUUAUUAG